AUGAAUGACUUAGGAGAAAAUAAUAUUGGAAAGGGAGAAUUAAUUGAUGAAAACAAUAUUGAAACAGGAAAACCAGUUUUACCUGCAGAAACUGUUUAUCUUUAUAUGGGCAGUGAAACAAGGGUUUCCAGGAGUAGUAGAAUGCAAUGGUUAAUUGAUCAUUUGAAUGAAAUUGUUACCAUACCCUUCAUAGAAAGUCUUGAAAAAGUCAGCAAGGCUAUAGAAAUUGUAUCAAUUAUUCCAGAGGGAUUAGGAUUAAUUAAUUGGAAACCGGAAACUAGUCAUCUAUACCAAUAUCACAUUCAUCCGAAAACAAAGGUAUUGUUUUUAUCACAUAGAUACUGUCUUACAUAUUGUUUAGAUAUGAGUCCAUCUUUAUCUGCGGUAGACAUUCAAAAUGGAGAAGUAAUGAUGGAUAAAAUAUUUACAUGUUUAAAAACUAGCCUCGAAGGUGUUUCUAAGUCUUUCAUAUUGCCAGGUUCUACAUUAGUUUUUCAUCCCGAAAUAUAUGUCUCGGUAAUAGCUAAUACUCCUUUUUUUAUAACUCCAGCUCAACAAGUGCUUGUUCAAAGUUGGCGAGUCACAAAUGAUAACAUCUCUGAUUUAUUUAAAAACAUUCAAGCAGAACUUCUUAAACUAGAAAAUGCAGUUGCAGGUAUGUCGGACAUAUUUAUCAAUCAGUUAGAAGCGGAAAGAGUAGAAUGUGACAAUAUUGUCGGAGCAUUAUUUGAUGAAGAGCAUUCGAAAAAAACUACACCUCCUGUAGCUAUGGUUAAUCCAGAUCAAGGAUUUAUUAAUAUGCUACGUUUCGGCAUGUUGGCUCUACGUUUGUUGCCUGCAGCUAGCUGCGCUGGAAUUGUAGUUGUAACUGAUGGAGUGAUUACACUUCCUGAUGCUUAUUUAUUAGACGUCACUCUUGAUCGCCUCCGUUCCACUGGCGUUUGUUGUUCUUUUUUACACGUUGGAUCACCGUUCCACCCUCAUUGUGCUCAAGGUAGAGUUCCUUAUUCCGAUCUAAUGAAUUUCGUAGCCACGGCCAGUCUCGGAGUUCACAUGACUAACAUCCCAGAAGUAAAUAUUUUAGACUUCAGAGAUUUACAAAUGAACCUUUAUCAUAAAGCUUUCUUAAGUUGGUCCUUUCAAUGCUCUGAAUCCUCUCAACAAGAUAUAGUUAAUACUAAUAACAGUCAGUGGCGUAUAUCUAACCCAGCUUUCAAUUCAUAUCAAGAUAUGCAACUCUUAAAAAAAAAGCAAGUGGAAGAGAGUUUGAACAUUCCUCUGGUUAAAAUGCUCUGCUGCCGAAUUCGAGAAGGUUACUUUGUGAAAAGUAUCAAUCUAUGUGAUAAUCAUAUAGAAAUAAAAUUAAUUUUGGCUUGGAAAUAUCAAAUAUAUUUAGAAUGCAUUGUACGAUCGAAAUGGCCGCCAUUGGGAAACAACGUUCAUUACACUCUUUUUAUAAAAGCUCCCUACGAAUUUCUUCACGACAUUAGUUGCAACAUAAAAGAGUCUCAUCAGGCUUUUUUCCGGCAAGCUAUCGUUUCUAGAUUUUGGUGCUUUUUAAAAAACUACAUGCAAUCUGAUUAUCUUAUGGUUCAUUUACAUUCAAAAGAAAGCAAUCAGCAUUGGAGCUCUAUACCGGAAAGCAUACGUUCAGGAAUUCCUUUAUUUCAUUCUUCACCGAGUGGACAGGGCUUGAUUAAGUCUUUGUCAUCGACGAAUGACGUCAGCUCACAGUUUGUAGCCUUUUGGAAGCCGAUUAGUUUAUUAAAUCCGGAUGCAUGGCAUAAAUGGCUUCACACUUAUCGAAUCGGUUUAAUUCUUCGUCACGAUUAUCCGCUUCCGAAAAAUCUUCACCUGACAAAUUCCAGCGGUAGGUUUCAAGCCAUACAUUGCCGACAAGCUGCAACAGCACUUCAAAGUAUGCUCCGAGACAUUACCACAUUCGUUUUGAUAGACAAUAAAUCAUUUGUUAAACUCGUGGCUUCAGAUUCGUCUAACUCUAGCGCUUGGUUUUAUAUAAUAAUUUUGACUUGCAAACAACCCUGCGUUGUCAUUAAUCUAGCGUUUCCCUGUGGGACUCCAUCCAAAAAGAGAUUGUCUAUCGUUGCAAAUUUAAAAACUCAGCUAUGCGAAUUAUCUUGUUCUUUAUCUUCUCAAGAGAGAUUAUCCGAUAGAAUUUCUAAUCCGGUUCACGUUCCGGUGUCUAGAAAAUGCUCCAGAGUUUCUUGUUGCAACGUUUUACAGAAACCUGUUGAAAAAAUACUGAUUCGUUACAAAAAGUUACCUUCUACAUUCGAUACAGUAGUUUUUCCAGAUGGAACUCAAUCUUUAAACGCUAAAAAAUCAUCAUUUCCCGAAACGAGUAAAUCUGGGUAUUUGGUUACCACUUUAUCUCGAUAUCUACAUCAUAAACGUUGGAUAUGGAGCGCUCAAAAUGUUCCAGGUUCAUCUAUAGGAGCUCCUGCGGUGGCGAGAAUUCUUUCAACCAUCACGGAAAUGAGAUUGAAAGAAGGUUUCAGUUUCGCUCAUUCACAAGCGGGUAUAGUCAAUAUGCUGUUAGAAAUUCAAAUGCAAGGAGAUCCAGAGUUGGGAGAAGAGGUUUCGCGAUGCGUUCUCCAGUACGUUUUAUUUCCUCCUCAUGUCAAAUCCGAAGACGAAACGAACAAGUUCGAAGGGGAAAGCGACGAAGAAGAAAAUGAAGGAAUGCUUCAAAUAGUCACUGAAAGUUGGGUGGAACCACAUUCUGGGUUGGUUGCAGGCGGUCCCAGUCCUAGAGCCUACAUGGAUCAACUUCCUUACAAUAAACUUUCCGAUGCCAUAGCCAAUGCGGAUGCUCAAUGCAUUUCAUCUCUUUUAACAUUUGAACACCUCAGUUUAAUGGCAAGAAACAAAUCAAUAAGUCCACCAAGUAAUUUAUUUGUCGUACCUGAUAUUACUCAACUCAAAGACAGAGUUUUAGUUUAUCACGACGGUGUGUCGAUACGUGACGAUCGGAUUCAUUACGUUCCUUUUCUCUUCAACCUGAUCAACAUACUACCUAAAUGUCGUCAAGCUGAAUUGUUAUUUUCCAUGCCGAUUCAAGAUCUAACAACAAAUUGGCAAAUGCCUUCCAAGUUUACCGACAAUAAUGAUUCUCUCAAUCCGGACCUGAAGAAUGCUUCUUUGAUGGAAUUGAUAUUCGAUCAGUUGAACAAAUUACACGACAGAGAAUUGAUUUUAAACGCGGAGGAUUCCCAUCAUUUUGUCGAGCAUUUACAUCGGAGAGAAAGGAACGUUGAUGCUCACCCUAUACCCGUCCCUAAAUACACGGAUACGAAUGUACUAUCCUCGAGUUGGAAGUGUUACAUUAAGGGAAUUAAUCCCGAACACAUUACUCUGACGUUCAUUCCAGCGGGUUACAACGAAUUAAAAAAUUUAGUUUUGAGCAAAACUUCAAAUAAAGAUUCGAAGCCUGUGAAAAAUUUAACUCUCGACGAUAACAGCAUUGGAGAAUUCGUAGAUUGGGGAAGAAAAAGGCAAUCGUGCAAUAGCGAUCAAUUGUUACAAGAUACUGUCUUAUCCGCUGAUAAAGUCAACUAUCAAUCCACUCCAGUUCAAGAUCACAAAGUUCCAGAAUCGAAGUCUUCUCAGGAAAAAAACAAACAAUUCGACAGCGGGUUUUUCAUUUUCGAAUCGGAUAAUAAAAUCGAUCACGGAUACAAUGUUCAUAAUAUAUCGACUUCCGAAUCGCAAUUAAGAUCGAUGUGCGAAUCGAAUUCUUUAUACGAUUCUCAAAACGAAACUCUCGAAUCGUCGGAUGUAACCUUUCAGAGAAUAUUCAGCGCCAUGGCGAAACCUUUCAGAGACAGAGCGAGCAGCUUGGACACGAAUUUCGACAGAGCUAGAAAAAACAAUUCCGAUACGACGUAUAGCAUGCGAACGACUUCGAUGGAAGCUAAAAUUUGGGGUAACAGAAGUGUUAAUCAAUCCUUGGAAGUGACUCGAUCCAAUACUCAAGCAAGUGAAAUUUCAUGCGAACCCGCGGAUAAAUCGAGUAACGCGGAUGCAAAUUCGGAAGAUUUGAUGCCGUCAACGGAAGCCGACAUGGUCGACAUUCAAGAUUCCAACAAAGUUUUCAGCACGAUUCCACUUCCGAUAUUUAUUUACGAUUGUCCACUAGCAAACCUAAUCGAUUCUCUCGUGUACAAAGAUAAAAUCACCGGAAGUGGAUGA